AUGUCUGAAAACGGCAUCGACCGAGAAAAAUCGGCUUCUGCCGAUUCGGAAGAGAUAAGUCCGACUUGCACGGGCACAGGUAUAUAUAAAACAGAUGAUACCAACAUCUUCAUUACCGAAAAAAACCAUGAUGUCGAGUGCUCAAGAAAAGUGUCUGAAAAUUCAGCGGCGGCAACUGUCAGCAGAAAUGCACAAGAUAUGGUACUCAGAGCCUUGAAAACUGAUGAUGACCCAUCCUUAAAUCCAUGGACUUUGAGGAUGUUCUUGAUUGGUAUUGGACUUUCAUCUUUUGGAUCCAUUCUAGCGACAAUAUUCAUGUUCAAGCCACAAUCAGUUUCAGUAUCAGUAAUAUUCAUGUCAAUCAUCAGCUACUUUAUAGGGAACGCUAUGGCAACGUUUCUCCCAAGAAAAGGCCUUAUUGGUAGAUGGAUAAACCCACACAGCUUUAAUUCAAAAGAGCACAUAGCGAUCAUAAUUAUGUCUCAUUCAGCCUCAGGUGCUGCAUAUGCCACGGAAGUCUUGGCGGCACAAAAACUUUACUACAAUGUCGUGCCAAGUUCACUCAUAGCCAUAUUGUUGCUGCUCUCAUCUCAACUCUUAGGCUAUGGUAUGGCAGGCUUACUACGACAAGCUUUAGUUUAUCCAACAGCCAUGAUUUGGCCUCAAAUUCUUCCUAUCUGCUCACUCAUCGAAACUCUACAUCGAGAUCGGGGAGAGAUGAAGAAGAGAUUUAAGUUUUUCUGGAUUAUUUUGGUCAUCGUUACAGUCUGGGAGAUAUUUCCGCAAUACAUUAUGCCCGUUCUGACGGGAGUUAGUGUCUUCUGCCUCGCAAACCAAAAGAGCUUAGUAUUCACCAAUAUAUUUGGUGGCUCUAAUGGGAACGAAGGUCUCGGACUCUUUAGUGUUUCUUUUGACUGGCUAUAUAUCAGCUCAGCUCCCCUUUUUGUGCCACUUAUUACGCUUGUCAACAGCUUUAUGGGCUAUAUACUGGGUGUAGGCCUUUUAAUUGGUUUAUAUUAUGGAAAUGUUUGGAACGCCCUGAGUUUUCCAUUUCUAGCACAGCAACUGUUCUCACGAGAAUCCAACUCUUCACACUUUGAAAUAUACAACCAGACGGCUAUUCUAGAUACCGACCGAAAGCUAAAUAUUACGGCAAUAGAUGACAGUGGUGUGCCAUUUUUUUCUGCCUCAUUAGCUUCACAUCUACUAACAACGAAUCUUGGAAUGGGCGCUACAGUUCUACAUGUAUUUCUAUGGAAUCGAAAAGAUCUUAGGAUGAUUUUUGAUGGACUUAAGCACUGGAAAUUAUCUAACCUUAUUCCCAGCCAACUCUUUAAAAAGGGAAAGUCUAAUCAGCCUAAACAGCGCUGCGAAAUUGAUUCAACUAAACUUGAUCCUCAUUAUCGCCAAAUGUUGGCAUAUGCAGAAGUACCAGCGACAUGGUAUCUGUGCGUCUUGAUUCUCUCCAUCUCCCUUGCUAUGUUUUGUUCAUAUACAUUGGAAUCCACACUUCCAUGGUGGGCUCUCUUAAUUGCAGUUUUUCUUGGAUUUCUAUGUACCCUUUCAUUUGGUAUCCUGUCUGGCCGCCUAGGAUUUCACGUUCCCAUCACUAGUACUAUGCAAAUGAUUGGUGGAGUUCUCUUAACGGGGAGGCCAGUUGCAAAUAUGUAUUUUGUCUUAUUCGGGGCUAACAGCCAAAUCCAAGCUUUGAACUUGGUUAUGAGUCUUAAGUUCGGGCAGUACAGCAAACUCAGCCCAAAGUGCACUUUUGCAGUACAAAUAUUAGGAACUAUAUUUGGUGCCAUAAUAAACUAUAUACUAAUGUCCACUAUUACUACCAAUCAACGCGAGAUACUCUUGUCAACUCAAGGAACAAAUAUAUGGUCGGGUCAGGCAAUCCAAUCUUUCAAUAGUAAUGCUAUUGCAUUUGGAGCUUUACCAAAGUAUUUAUUUGGUGUCGGACGUGCCUAUCAAUUCGUCAUUUUCGCGCUGCCCAUCGGAUUCAUUGCACCACUUCCCUUUUAUUUUCUUCAUCGUCGUUUUCCUAGCUUAGGAUUUGACAAAAUAGUCACACCAGUCAUCUUUUGGUUCAUGGGAUUCCUCGCUAUUGGUAUCAACUCCUCUGUACCGAUGUUUUUUGCAAUUGGCUUUAUUGUACAAUUUUAUGUACGCAAGCGAUAUCCUGAGUGGUUUGUCAAGUAUAAUUAUCUCUUGGCUGCAGCUAUCAGCGGAGGUACUGAAUUAAUGGUCUUCAUAACCACAUUUGGGGUACAAGGGAUCAUCGGUAAGGAGGUUCCUUUUCCUCCAUAUUGGGGAAAUAAUUACCAGCAGGGCAACUUUGACUUUUGUGCGAGAAAUCCCGCCUUGAGCUAA